AUGGAUAUCAAUAUACCUGCCUACGCCAUCCUAUCACAUACCUGGGGUCCAGACAGUGAGGAGGUAUCGUUUCAAGAUGCCCAAGAAUACGAGCGGAUCCCACCUACAAUGGGGCGGCGCAAAUUCGACGGGAGCUGCGCUCAAGCUGUUAAGGAUGGUCUAGACUACGUCUGGAUCGAUACGUGUUGUAUCGAUAAGACCAAUUCUACAGAGCUCAGCGAGGCUAUCAACUCAAUGUUUCGAUGGUACGCCGAUGCGAGCAUCUGCUACGCGUAUCUCUCUGAUGUGGACGGAUAUGUCGACCAGUGGGACACAGACUCCGCUUUCAGUCACAGCCGAUGGUUCAGUCGUGGCUGGACGUUGCAGGAACUGAUCGCUCCCAAGGUUUUGCGAUUCUACCGCAAUGAUUGGGACUGUCUUGGUACCAAACGAGAGCUGUGCCCGGUGCUUGUCAGCACUACUGGCAUUCCUAGACAGUUCCUUCUGGGAGUGAUGGAUCUAAAUGAGGCAAGCGUGGCUCAACGAAUGUCCUGGGCGGCCAAGAGGAGCACAAGGAGGAAAGAAGAUCUGGCAUAUUGUCUUCUGGGAUUGUUCGACAUUAGCAUGCCGAUGAUCUACGGCGACGGCGACCGUGCCUUUAUACGUUUACAGGAAGAAAUCAUGCGACAAAAUCGAGACGAUUCCAUAUUGGCCUGGGGACUCCAACGCAUUGCAUUGAGCGACUGCCCUCGAGGCGCACUAGCAACCAGUCCGGCAGACUUCUCUUCGUCAGGCAGAAUCGUGCCCAGUGAGCAUGAGAAUGAACUUUUAGACCCGGUUCAUGUUGCUGGUGGUAGCCUACAACUCCAUCGGUGCCUUCACGAGGACGAAUCGGGCCAUAGCUUCAUUAUUCUACACUGUCGUCUGAAUGAUGACCCUGACCGAGUCAUUGCCAUCCCAGUGACCAAGUCUGCCUCGCCCGGUCUGUCUGACAAAUACGAGAGACUGUACGACCGCGAUCUGAGCCUGCUUUCAGUCCCUGCUUCCAAAACACUGCCUAAAGUACUACGGCUGCUUACUACAGUUCACAGAGGCGGGGAAAGCUCAAAUUCGCAGCUCACCUUCUACAUUGACAAUUCUGUCGAGAGGUUUGUCAAGGUGGCCGAGGUUGAACCUCGUGUAUGGUGGGAUGAAGAAAGGGACAUGAUUGUGCCAACCGUUCAAACAAAUGGUAGUGACGUCAGAAAAGUCUGUAUCCGACUGAAGCCCCUCAAGACAGAAGAAUUCGACGUUUUAGUCAUAUUGGACCCCAAAAAUCAAGACUCGCAACCCCGGGUAGAAUGGCACGUCUUGAUAUGCUCCCAAGCCAUUGAGCUAGAUACGGUCCUACAGAACCUGGAUUCGCUGAAGCCAGAUGAAUUUGGGAAACACGGCGCCAACAAUGGCAGGCGUGGAUUGCACGUUGGCAUUCGCCCAGAGCUUGUCGGGAACCGCACCAUGUUUGUUGUUCGCGUGGAGUCCACGAAGUGGAGCAAAGAAGACACAGUUGAUAUAUCAUAUGCAAUGGGACAGAUAAGUAUCAUGAACGAUCUGCUCCACGGUUUUCAAGACGAAUACACAGCCACAAAUGAGUACAUGCAUGUGCAGCAGCAGAUUGAUCAAGAAGAAGAAAAGUUGGAACCCAUGCGUGUACGCAUGACCGAUCUUGAUCGACAGAUUCUCAAGCUACAGCAGGAGAAGGAACAACUCUCGAACUCUCUGCAACAUGCAUCGCUCCGCAGCACGAUGCUUCGUAACGAACAGGACUCAAAAUCAGAUGAAAUGCGCCGCUCAUCUUCAAUAACAAACACAACCCAAGGGCUUUUGGCUGAAGAAUACAAGCACAAAUUGGCGAUGAAACUAGUCCACAAUUGGCAUUCGCUUUUCCCAAAACCAUGGUAUCACUCCAACGCAGAAACGAUUCAUACGCAAGAUGCUUUGACAUUGAACGAGCUGAGUGAAUUUGAGCAUAUCUCCCACUCUCGGGGGCAUGGCUUCGAAGUUCUGAGUUUCAUAUCUGUUAGGAAAGCUACUGUCGUCUGGCCAAAACUGGCGGAUGAGCCAUUGGAUUUUUACGAGAGUCUACGAGAUAGAUACAGUCUUCAGUACGACGGGGUUGAGUACAAGUCAUACGAGGAUAUUGCAAAUUAUCACCGUCUUCAGUACGAAAGGGCUGAGCGCGAGUCGAUGGCAGCGUGGACCCGGGUACAACCGCUAGGGAGGGAAGUUAGCCGUCCACAGUGGGAUGCCAGCGGCUGGCUCGAUGAAACGGUGCAAGCCUUAGCCGUGAUGAGCAACGCCGCUGGGCAUGAUUCCAGGAUCCUCCACAAUCUGAUAGCCGGAGACAACGACACCGAUGUAAACUAUGCCCCGCUGACUAUAUAUGCCCACUCCAAGCCAUUCGAGGAGAACUCAAAUAUGCUGUACUCAUACGCCAAAAUUGCUUGUUCGUCAAACGAGUUCUUCAUUCAGACGUCUAAAAAGACACAAAGUCACUGGUUGGACUUAUUUACCAAAAGGAUUCGAAGCAUGGAGUUGACUCGAACUUUUGCUCUUGAAUUCAACGCGCUUCUCGGCUAUGGCCAUAAGCCUUUGGACUGUCUCGUGUACAUACCAUUCACGCGUAGUGGGGAUAGUGACCGCGAAAACUACUUGUUGCCAGAUCGGUUGAGAAUGCCUACCGAUCGCGACGAAGUGUUCGACAAUGACGCGUCCUACAUAUUCACGGAGGCUUUUUCUCAUUUCACCUUGGAACGGUCUAGAGGCUCGCUCUUCGUUGACAAGAUAAUUGCACAUGGCAACAACAUACUUGCGGCUGAAAUCUUGACUGAUUCCUAUGAGAGGUUCCAAGAGUAUGGUACCAAACGUGCUCGGGAUGGCUUGAAGGAUUUCUCUACGCAUGAAUGCAACGACAUCUGCCGUGAGCUUAGGAUCCAAACCACUCAAGAGCAACUGGGCGCAGGUGAACUCCAUUUCCGCGAAACAUGGCUUGUAAGAAAGGAGACCACCUGCUGCUCAAACAAGCUGUGCCGCAAGAUCUUAUACCUAGGAAGAUCUAACUAG